GGCAAGGAACCGAAAUUACUGGAAGAAACAGAAUAUCGCUCAAGAAGCCUUUUCCUUGGUUAUCGGCCCAACGAUUCGAAUAUUUUUCAAGCCUCUCCACGACAUAGAUGAUCAGCGCUACAAGAAGUUUGGCAGAGUUUUCGGGUAAGUGCUAUAAUUUCUUUUAAUAUCUUGCCUUAUAUGUGUAAGGAAGAACCGACAUCUCGCUUGCGUCUUGCCUCUUGACAUCUGCAGGACCUACGAAGGAGGGAAACCGACUCUGAUGGUUGGUGAGCCAGAACUCGUGAAGCAGAUGCUUGUCAAAGACUUUCCACUGCUUUGCAACAGACGGCCGCUGCAAUUUUUCGACCCGAUUCUGGACAACAUGAUGACCAUUGCUCCCGUGGAACGAUGGAGAAAGAUAAGACCUUCAGCAAGUCCGGCAUUCACCACUGGAAAACUCCGCAGGAUGAAUGAACUAAUCCAAGCGUGUGCCGAGAUAACGCCGGAGCACCUCAAGAACGCUGCUCAGCAGAAAAAAGACAUUGAUGUCAAGCAGUUUUAUGGUCACUAUGCUCUGGAUGUCAUCGCGAAAUGCGCUUUCGGCACGAAGUUGGACUCUCACACCGACGCCACUAACGAAUUUGUGACGAAAGCAAGGAAAGCAUUCUCUAGCGGAGUUACCCUGCCUCUGCUGAUGCUGUUUCUCUUCCCUGGCUUAAUGAAGGCUUUGAAAGUGAAGGCAUUAAACUCGGAAAUUUUUCAAUACUUCAAGGACGUUUCCGUGAACAUCAUCCAAAAGAGAAAGGAUGAGCAUCACCUUGCGACCAGGUACAUUUUCAGCGCUAUUAUAGCGCUUCAACUGAAAUCACGCCCCGUUUUAGUAUUUAUUUAUUUUAUUUAUUUAUUUAGCGCCAGGAAGACUUUCUGCAACUCAUGGUGGAUGCUCAGGAGGGCGCCCUUCACGAAACUGCCGAGUCUACACCCGGUAAGGAGGCCGCAGAAAUCUUCAAUCCAAAUUCUGAGGCCAAGAACGACAUCACUUUCAUUUCUAAGGGGAAAGGAGCCAAGCCUUGAUGUUGUUUCCAAGCUGCCAUAUUUGCAUUGCGUUGUGUCGGAGGUCUUGAGAACGUACCCACCAGAAUCACGAGUGCAAUAUUUGCAAAUUAUUUUUGUCCUCGAGAGGUCGGCGCACGAGGACUACGUUCUCGGUGAUACGGGGAUCCGGGUACCCAAGGGAUGUGUCAUAGGAGUACCGGUGUAUUCUAUGCAUCACGACCCAGAGUUUUUCCCCAAUCCAGAGAUGUUCGACCCCGACAGGUUCAGUGAAGAAAACGUCGGUUCCAUACGGCCAUACUCGUACCUGCCUUUCGGAGCACGACCUCGAAACUGCAUAGGCAUUCGCUUCGCCUUGCACGCCAUGCACGCCAUCAAAUUGUCUCUUCUGCAUUCCAUACAUAGCGUGCAGCUUGUGCUCACGGAGAAAACAGAGGUGCCCCUCAAGUUCCUCCCAGGCGUCGGCAUUAUGAAUGCUAAGAAUGUCACCGUGGGCAUCAGGGAGAGGCCGGGGCGGUGACGCUGGACGAAUGUGUUGUGCGCGAAAUAUUUGAACGAAAAAACCAGUCAGAAAUCGUUCAAGUAUGUACCAACUGACCCAGAUUUCAACCCUUCCGCGAAAUAUUGGCAGCAACGCGAAGCGUCACCCGCUUUUACAGUGUCUUGAUGCCCGUACAUGGCCUAUCAAAAGAAAACUUCCGCGUACAUAAAAGUUGCGCUUUAUUUCCUUUAGCAGCUGGCGCAGCUUGGAAUAAACUUCUUUGUACAGAGUCUUUUUGCUGGAGCAUAUAAAAUCCUGUAACCGUUUCAA